CCAUGAAAACUAUGGCGUGCCAUAUUGGGGCCCGGUUGAACGCUACGAAUUGACCAAUAAAGAGACGGAUAUGGAAAAAGAUCCAGUGAGUGCUUCAGCUUCCAUCGUGCUGGAAAUAUCUGAGCAGAUGAGCCCCGAGUUGAGCAGACAGCUGCUGGAUGACCUGGAGAACUUGACGGACGAUGUUGCUGUGCCGGGCGUUGCUGGCAACCUCCUGACAGCCUCUAGUCUUAUGAUGGACGUCCUGCUACAGGACUCUGCAGGACACGUACUCCCGUCCGUAGAUUCAGAGAGAUUGCUAACAAUCAUUGAGAAGACAGCAUACAACGUACCGUUGACGGAUGGUCUCUUCAGGUUCGUCAAGAAAAAUGUCGCAGUGGCGGCCAUCGCCAUCGAUUCGGCUCAAAUUUCUGACGUCAGGCUCGUAAUCAAUUCAAGGUCAAGGAAAGAUCUCGUGGACGACAUGAUCGGCGUCGAUGUAGACAGCAAGUUGCAGACAGAGGAAACGACGUCUUUAUUAUUUUCGUUAAAGUCGAUUCCCCGGGAGAGAAGAGAUAAACUCAAGAUGGCAGUUUUCACUGUCUUCCCCUCUGGAGUACUUUUUGCAACAGAUUAUACUCAGUCGCCCAACAGCUACAUUUUGUCUGUUCAAAUUCCUCACCUACAAAAUGAACAUUUAGAUGAUGACGUCAUCAUGACUUUCUAUCAUUUCAAUGACACGACUAGAGGACCGUCCUGUAAGUACUGGCGCACCGACGCGAUCAACACGACUCUGCGCCACAAGGAUGGACGGCGAGGAAAGUGGGCGAGAGACGGUUGUCGUGUGGUGAGGAGCGACCAGGAAAAAACUGUCUGCUCAUGUAGUCACAUGACCAACUUUGCUCUUAUUAUGGAUGUGUAUCAAUUGGCUGGAUCAACAUUAGACGAAGAAAACAUAUACUCGCUGAAAUUAAUCUCCCAAGCGGGCUGCACCAUUUCAUUACUGGGUUUGUCUUUCACCCUCCUGUCCUACACCAUCUUUAGUCGCCUUCGCCGUGAUGAACCCUCGAAAAUCCUCUACAGCCUGUGUUGGGCGUUAUUUUUAUGCAACGGAUUUUUUGUCUUUGGGGCUGAGAUUGAUAUCUUACAAAGUCGUCUUGGAUGUAAAUUUCUGGCCGCCGUGCUCCACUAUCUGUUGACUUCGUCCAUUUUCUGGAUGGCCGUCAACGCCUACUACAUGUAUCUGAUGCUGGUCCGUGUCUUCAACAUCUUCAUAUCUCACUUCUAUAUCAAGGCUGCAUGUGUGGGCUGGGGAAUCCCCUUAAUUUUGGUCGUCGUUACACUUGCCAUAGACAAGACAGAAACCUACGGAAAACUUACCAGUGGAAUCUGCUGGAUUAGAAGUCCCGCCUUCUAUUUCGUCUUCGUCGUCCCGGUCGUGAUGGUGCUGCUCUUCAACUUGACCGUCUUCUGUUUGAUCUUACGUCAGCUCUCCAUGAUGGCCCGGAGCACAGCAACACAGCACAGCAGGCAGGAGAGAAAACGCUUUCUAGGAAACUUCCGUGCCAUUGUGAGUCUCGUGGUGUUACUGGGUCUGACCUGGAUCUUCGCGUUUUUUGCUGUCGGACAUGCCAGCAUGCUCUUCAGUUACCUGUUCGCUGUCUGUAAUUCUUUACAGGGUCUAUUAGUUUUUUUGUUUUACUGUGUCUUUAAAAAAGACGUAAUUCACGCAUGGGAAAACCUGUUUGGAUUGGGGAAAGAAUCUUCAAGGCAAGACAAGUUUUCCUAUACGCAAGAUCCUGGGAAAACUUACGAUGAGAACACAGUGUCCAUCGACCGCCGAGACACAAACACCUUUGAGCCUUCAGACUUGCUUAAGACUUCAACAAGAACCAGUGGUGAUACGAUUAUGUGACAUCUGUCAAAGUGACAUCAGUUUCACGAGGACAAUUGGCCUUAUGAUACACGAGACAGAAAAUAUCACAUUUUUCCUUGAACAAUAAACGUU